AUGCUCUCCGUUGCAGCACCCAGCUUCGGGUUGGAGCACCGACCCAAUGUGUCCUCCCCUCUCUCCUCAUCACCUGUCCGCCCCUCGUCGCCCCUAUACUCCGUCGACGGAAACGUCUCCUUCUCCUCCCGGAGACAAAUUCAGUCAUCGCCUAUCCAGCAGCCCAAGUUCAGAUACGCGUCUCGUCCGGUGCGCAAGAACCCCUUACUGCGCAAGCGGGAAGACGCACAGGAGUCAAGACGGCGCAACUUUUUGCAGAGUGUGAGGCAAAAACAGGAUGACAGGGCAUGGCGGAGGAGAGACAUCGAGGGGCAGUUCCUGAAGAAUAGCUUGUUGGCUGAUAUUGGACGACUUUCGCAUGAUGCGCCAGCUGUCUUGGAGACGGAUUUAGAAGACGCCAUGGCAUCUCAGGAUAAUCACAAGUUCCAAAGCAGCCAUGAAGACGACCACGAGCCCGAGGACGCGAUGGAUGUGGUGUGUCAGGAGGAAGAAGAGCUCGAAGUCAUGGUUGCUUCAUACGAGCAACAUAGUCAACUUGAUCAGGGACCCUCAUCGCCUGUACUAUCCGACGAGGAGUAUGAUGAUGUGUUUGCAGAGCUAAUCGCUCAAGAACAAGCAUGUUCACAAGCACCACCCUCUGCUGAGCAUAUGGAUAUGUCAUGA